AUGGAGACAGAAAAGCUACACCAGAUCGGCAAAGAUCUGGGGCUAACGGGCGUAGAAUUGGCCCAGUUCAUAAAAGAAGAAGCAGAAUUAAAAAGAGAAGAAUUGAAAAUAAGGCAGCUGGAGUUAAAAAGAGAGUUCCCUGUGGUAGAUGAGGUGACACAUCACAACACUGCGAACACUAAGGUAAAGUACCCCAAGCUACCAGUAUUCAAUGACAAGUGUGAUAACAUUGAUGCAUAUCUUCAACGGUUUGAAAGGUUUGCUAGGAAUGCAGAUUGGCCUGAAGAAGUGUGGGCUAUCAGUUUAGCUUCCUUAUUGCAAGAGGGUUUUAGAACAAAAUUUAGAAAUUGUAAAUUUUCCAUGGGUGAGACUGCCAAACAGCUAAUAGCAAGAAUGACAAAACUGUUUGAGAGAUGGACUGAGAUGGCGGAAUGUGAAAAGGAGUAUGAGGCUUUAAAAGAGCUGAUUAUAAGAGAGCAAUUUCUAUUCUCAUGUGGUCGUAACCUAAGUUUAUUCCUGAAAGAACGAUCUCUGAAAACUCUACAAGAUCUACAGGAGAAUGCUGACCGCUUCCUCGAAGCCCACGGAAACCAAGUAACCCGAGCGACAACGCACCAAUUGCCCACGCAGGUAUUCCGCCCUCCUCAACCCUCCACGCCCAGCAUCACAACACGGAAAAAGGUGCAGUGCGGGGCCAGGCCACCAAAUGUCCGAGGAAAAACGAGCCAACCACAACUGCGGAAGGAAGACACAGCUGCACCCGUAAGUAGUGUUGUAAUUGCACCAGAAACUAAUGUGAAAUGGAAUCGAGGAGAAACAAAGGAAAAUGAAAGGAAUGAUGUAGAUGGAGAGGAACUAUGUGGAGGAACUCUAGCCAAAGGUAAGAAGUUGAAGACUGCCAGAGGAGAAGUUGAAGGAAGAAAAGUCGUAGUACUGAGGGACACGGGAUGUUCAACGGUGUUAGUAAGGAGAAGUCUGGUUCCGUCGUCUAAGCUGACUGGUAAGGAAGUGGGAAUAAUGAUGGCAAAUUCUGAAAUAUAUUAUUACCCUGAAGCAAUAAUUGAUGUCAAGACCCCCUAUUAUGCGGGGAGGGUGAGCGCCGUGUGUCUACCACAGCCACUGUGUGACCUGAUAAUUGGAGAAAUACCAGGAGUGAGCACAGGUGAAGGCGACGCACGAAUGGAAAAGUGUGGAGUGAUGACGAGAAUGCAGAUUAGAAGAGAUAGUGAGUGUAAAAGGAAGACCCCCAGCGUUGAAAAUAGCAGAGGAGGACUGCUGUACAGACAGGUCACAACGGGAAAAAGACAGCGGGAUCAGCUUGUUGUUCCUCAGACGUGUCGCCAAGCUAUCCUGGAGCUGGCCCAUUCAGGCAUUAUGGGAGGCCAUUUGGGCAUAAGCAAAACUAAAGACAGAAUACUUGCACAUUUCUUUUGGCCAGGUGUUACCGUAGCCGUGACCCGCUACUGCAGAUCAUGCGACGUGUGUCAACGGACGGUGGAUAAGGGGAAGGUUAGCAAGUUCAAACUGGGUGACAUGCCGCUCAUUGGUGAACCAUUUUCCCGCAUGGCCGUGGAUCUGGUGGGGCCGCUGGAGCCACGAUCAUCAAAUGGCUCUCGAUAUAUCCUGACGGCAGUAGAUUACGCUACGAGGUACCCCGAAGCCGUCGCCCUUCCAAACAUUGACACGCCCACAGUAGCAGAGGCCUUGGUAACAAUCUUCAGCAGGGUAGGUGUGCCUAGAGAGAUCUUGUCUGACAGGGGGACACAGUUUACCUCUGAUGUAAUGAAAGAAGUGUAUCGCCUGCUUUCCAUUCAAUCUUUAACCACUACACCAUACCAUGCUAUGUGCAAUGGCCUCGUUGAAAAAUUUAACGGGACACUAAAGAAAAUGCUUAAAAGGAUGUGUUGA